GCCACUCAGCUAGCACGCGAGUGAUGACGAACCCGCUGCAAAAAGCAACAAAAAGCGAGAGGAACAGAAGCAGAGCUCGAGCUCAGUUCACACUCUGUAACUCUGCACGAGAGAGACGGAGAGGCUCGAGCAAGGAUUUAUGUUCUGGAUUUUGGAGAUUUUUGGGGUCUAGAUUAAUUUAUAUUGCGGACUUUAGUGCGUUUUGAUACAUUUUGAUGAAAACUAAGUCAGACCAGCUCCAGCAGCUCGUAUGCUGUGGAAUCCUAAAUAAAUCAUUGUUUUCUUUUUAACUUUUUAAAAACUUUUAUGUGCUAUUUUUAAUAACGUAUGAUAUUUAACCUUGAAUCGUACUCCCAGUCUUUGUGGGACGGUUUGGCUACAUUUCGAACAUGAGAUUAGAAAGUUGUCGAUUUCUUUGGACCAGACGCUGAUGCUGAAGAUGUGAUUGAACUCCCGCACAGCCCAGCAGCUCGCUGCACCUCCACACUGUGUGUUUAACCCGGGAUCGAUAAACUCGGUUAGCUAAAAUCGUCCUCGCUCUCUGUGAGCGCGAUGGCGCGCGUGCUGCACUGCCUCGUGCUGGGAUGCAUGUCCUGGACUCUCGGCGCGUCCGACGCUCGGGGGGAGUACUGCCACGGGUGGCUGGACACCAGCGGAAACUACCACGAGGGCUUUCAGUGCCCCGAGCAGCUGGACACGGCGGCCGCGCGCGUGUGCUGCGGGACCUGCGCGCUGAGGUACUGCUGCGCCGCCGCAGGAGCGCGCCUCGACCAGGGCGCGUGCACGAACGACCGCGAGGCGGAAAAUAGUGGAUACACAGCACAACCCAUCUACAUGCCAUUCCUGAUGGUGGGUUCCAUCUUUGUGGCAUUUGUGGUGGUUGCCUCGUUGGUGGCUGUGUACUGCUGUACGUGUCUGCGGCCCAAGCAGCCGGCCCAGCAGCCCAUGCGGUUUUCUCUGCGCAGCUGCCAGGGCGAGACCAUCCCCAUGAUCCUCACUCCCGGGGCAGCACCAGUCGGCCUGCGCACUCCCUCACGCCAGUCCAGCACGGCCACCACCAGCUCCAGCAGCGCGGGCGGGGGCAGCUCACUGAGACGCUUCUCUCUGGGCAGAACUGAUACUGUCCUCCAGCAGAACCCACAGCAGCAGAUCCUGCUGGCCUCGUCCUCAUCCUCCAACACGGUCACUUCCCUCUCCACUGCCCAGACGAUGCUGCCUCCCCCACCUCCUCCCUACUUCUCUCCACAGUGUCUGCAGACCAGCAUCUCACACUCUCAUCAGCACCAACACCCACACCCACACAUGCACCCGCAUGGCCACGGGCAGCUACAGCAGCACCACCAGGAUGCCAGCUUUAUCCUGUCCCAGCAGUACUUCUUUCCACUGCAGUCAGAAGCCUUCAGCGGGAGCAAGAGUUUUGCUGAUUUCAGCCAGAGCUGAACCUGAACUGAGUCCAGCGGCACUGAGAACAGAAAAGAACUGGACACUGGACUCUCUGUCUGUGCCUGAACUGGACCACCAUGUAUCCUCUGAUAGCUGACUGAGAUGCUCACACACAUCAGGACUUGAAGAUAAGAGGUGAUAUUGCAACUGACCUGUUCAUAAUCCACGAGUGCAUUAUUAUUAUUAUUAGUUUUAGCAAAUGAAAAAAGGUUACACAGACUACACAUAUGUGGUGCUUAAUUCAAAGUCCAAAAACAAUUACACUUUAAUUAUAGUACUUACUAAAUUGAAGAAGUACUAAAAACUAUUCUUUUAAAACCUUUGAGGAUGCACACUUGUAAAAUACAGUUUAAAAAUAUGUUAAAUAAUCAGAAAAAAGUAUAUAUUUUAAAAUUCUGUAUCUCAGAGACAUUCCUUGAUUGGCAGUGUCACGUGUCUACCGAGAUAUGCAUUAGAAGGCAUUAUUAUCCACAGUGGACAGUACAGUUGUAACCGGUGGAAUCUGGCUAUAAUUGUCCUAGACUUUGCCAGGAAUAACAUCCACAUUCAGUGCAGGAGGCUCCAAGUACAUAAUCACAGGACAAAAUGUUUUUUUUUGUCUAUUCAAAUUAAUGAGUAAUGACACUCCAUUGCUACAAUACAGUGAACAGGAUAUUUGCAAAUAUUUGCAUAUAGCAGUGAAGUACAUGUUAGGAGUUAGGGAAAGAUAAAGUAGGAUUUAAAACUGAAAACUGCACAUUUUUAUAAUGAGUUUAAACUUUAACUGGGACUUUUUUUAACUUGAUGUCCAGCCUCAUCAGUCGCUAUGAAAGAACACAUUUGUGGGCGGAGCAUGGGUUGGUCAUUUCAGUUGUUGUGUGGUCAGCAAUUGUAUCACCACUCUUAUUCCUGAGCAGGAGCAAACCCUGCAGGCUUAAGGCACUUCCAGCCAACGCAGAGUGAUGCCUUAUUUUGUAGGUAACAGUGUGGAUCUCACGCGCAUGAGGAAGGUGGAGAAAACGUAAUGGAUGACGUGAUGGUUGUUGAUAGAUGAAGCCGCAGAGCUGCUGAAACUGGUAGAACACAGAAAGGCAGAGUGACCGAGAAACAGAGACUUCAAUGUCAACUUCAAGUUGGAUUUCCGGAAUUUCCAGAAGUCUUACUGCCACUCCCACUCCAGAUGAAAGCACCCAGACUCCUUAUAUGUUCUAUUAAAUUCAUGCACUUUUCAUAUUUUUAUAUAUAAAUGUUUUUCUAUCUUUCUGGAACAAAUUAGUUCUGUGUGCCUGAAAGCAAAUUCCUACACCAUUGUUGGGACUGAAGAAAGAACUGUAAUAAUAAAGAAUGAGGAAUUAAUCGACAUGUUGGUCAUUCAAUGAGAAGGAAAAACUGUUCAGAAAUUUCAGUCUGUUGACAAUCGAAGAAUGGAGGAGGGAGGAGGGUUUACUGGGUUAGAAGUGCCAAUUACCGAUUAACUGUGUUAAAGUUUUUUUUUUGCUACACAAGACAAGAUGACCUUAACCAGUUCAGACUUUUCCCCCCACAUUUUAUAAAUGAUCACAUUUAUUAUACAUGUUCCAUUUGUACAUUUUCUCUUUGAAAGAAUAACUACUAAUGUUGAGCCAUAUUCCAGAUCAUUUCUUAUCAUUUCUUACUGCUCCAUUUCAACACACACACAGCUACCUCUGGGAUCCUAGGUUUUUUUUUUGUAUGGAGUUUGUUUUUCUAUGAUCUGGUGCCGGGUUUUGAUUUCAUUUAGAAUAAUUAAUAGAAAGCUGAAGAACUGCCAUAAUUGCUACAGUUUCAGGUUACGUUAACGCUCUGUCUCUCUGGUGGGUCUGUGGUGAGCGCAGUGCUCAUGAUGUGUUAGUGAAAUGUCUGAAUGUAGCAUGUACAUUCACAUACCAACCGCAACUAUUGAAUGAGUAUUAAAUGCCUUUUCUACAGUGUUUCAAAUAAAAUUCAGUGCCCUUCCUUUAAAAGACUUA